CAACAGGAGUCCUCACCCUGGGAUCAUUCUGCAAACCCAUGGCUCCAGCUCCCAGCUUCCGUGGACACCAGUGGAUUUACAACUCUGUCAAAGGGUCCUGCCUGCUGCUGCUGCUGGUCAUGUCAAAUCUGCUGCUGUGCCAAGGCAACCCAUGCCCAUCCUGCUGUCCUGAUGCGAUUAACAUCACCUCAGAAUCCCUUUCAGAUCUUUUUGUCAAUGCCACCAUGCUGUCCUACAGGAUGUACAAUCAUUCCAGAAUAAUGUUCAAUGAGUUUGAUCAAAAAUAUGCCAAGGGCAAACUGUACUAUUUCAGUGCCACCAAUAGCUGCCAUACCAAUUUCCUGAAAACUCCUGAAGAAAUAAAAGAAGCUGAAAAGAUGAAUAAUGAAGACCUUAGUAAGUGGAUACUCAUGUUACUGUACUCCUGGCAUAGUCCUCUGAAUCAUCUUGUCAUGGACCUGCAGAGUAUGAAAGAAGUCUCAGAUACUAUCCUAUCAAAUGCCAGAGAGUAUGUAAAAAAAGUAGAAACACUUCAAGCGUUCAUGGAGAGGCAUUUCUGCCAGAUGAUUAUUCCAGCAAUGCAGAAGAUGUUGGAGGCUCAUAUUUACUGGUCAGGACUCCCAUCCCUGAUGUCCAGCGAUGAAGAUGUGCGUCAUUCUGAAUUUUAUAACCUGUUCAACUGCCUGCGCAGGGAUUCACUUGAAAUUGAUAUUUACACCAAGCUCAUGGCAUGCCGACGGAUCGGCAUCACGUGCUAAAUCCACAUCCAUGCCAUCCAGGUCUGGAAUGGUCAUAAUGAUCUAUCCCAUAGCAAACUUAUUUGAAAUUUGCAGCUUUUUAAUGCAUGUUCUGUGAAAUGGAUCUCCUCUUAAAAAAAUAAACACAGGCUCUGUAUAGAUGUCAAACUCUAAAAGGGAAAUUUGUCAACAUUUCUAAAAACUAAAAAAAAAA